AUGACACUGGGAGAGAGUUGGCUGAAUGUUGCAGAAGGAAAUAAAAUGAGUUCAUCAGAUGAGAGAAAGAAGAAAGCAAGAAAGAGCGGAGGCAUGGACAAGUUGAGCAGUUUACCUGAUUCAAUACUUCAUCGCAUACUCUCUUUCCUCUACACUAGUGAAGCAAUCAGGACCUGUGUACUGUCCAAGAGAUGGAGAAACUUAUGGGUUUCUCUUCCUGAUCUCCAUUUCGAUAGUUCAAACUUUGAAAGCAAAGCGAGUUUUCGAAAAUUUGUUCGAAGCGUCUUGUCUCUCCGCCUUGAUAACUCUCUUUGCAAGUUCCAUUUCCAUUGUCAUUCGACAUGGAAGACUGAUGUACCCCUAAUUAACAGGGUCACAAGGUAUCUAGUUUCCCAUCACGUCCAGCAUCUUCACCUGGAGAGUGGAUUUGACCCGGAUUGUAAGGUCGAUAUUUUUGCUCCUAACCUCACUUCCUUCAGAUGUUAUUUGCAAAUGGGGGAUUUCGUUUUCAAGGAGAUCAAUCUACCUUCCCUUAAUCUUGUGGAAGUUCAUUUUUGUGGAAGUUCGAUGCAUGUUCCACUGGUGAUCAAUAUGUUCCAAGCAUUCCAUAAUGCGCAAUUUGUCAAACUACACACUGAUACUACUGAGGUUCUCUCUUUGGGAUCUGGUUUACUAGAAAACCAACCUUGUCCCUUCACUAAUUUGAAGUCCUUGAAAUUGUAUUUGGGCCACAAGAGAAAGUUGCUAAGGAUACCUUUUCAUGUAAUGCGCUACUUACUUGGUGACUUGCGGAGCGGUGAUUUUACAAUCGUCAAAUCUUGA